CCCUUAAUAUAAAUGUGCCCAUCAGACUGCCCCUUAAUAUACAUGUGCUCAUCAGACUGCCCCUUAAUAUACAUGUGCUCAUCAGACUGCCCCUUAAUAUAAAAUGUACCCAUCAGAGUGCCCCUAAUAUAAAUGUGCCCAUCAGAGUGCCCCUUAAUAUAAAUAGUGCCCCUUAAUAUAAAUGUGCCUAUCAGAGUGCCCCCUUAAUAUAAAUGUGCCCAUAAGAGUGCCCCUUAAUAUAAAUGUUCCUAUCAGAGUGCCCCUUAAUAUAAAUGUGCUCAUCAGACUGCCCCUUAAUAUAAAUGUGCCCAUCAGAGUGCCCCUUAAUAUAAAUGUACCCAUCAGAGUGCCCCUUAAUAUAAAUGUGCUCAUCAGACUGCCCCUUAAUAUAAAUGUGCCCAUAAGAGUGCCCCUUAAUAUA